AUGAGCGCCGCGGCCGUAUCCCGCGUCUUCACCGCGCCCCACGUCUUCAUCGCGCACCGCGCGACUCGCCGCUCCCCCCCCCGGGGCCCCGUCCGCGUCCACGCCGCGGCGGGAGCGCGGCACUCCGGCAUCGUCGGCGACGACCUCGUGCACGGAUCGUCGUUGACGUCCACGAGGGAUACCCCCUCGCACGUUCCGCCCGCCUCGGGCGCGGCCGCGGGCGGCGUCCCCGUCGCCGCGGGCAUCGCGCCGGAGGACCUCGUCCACGGCUCCUCCCUCGUCGCCACCCGCUACGCGCCCACAAAGCAGCCGUCGUCGUCGUCGUCGUCCACGCAAGGGAUCGCCGCGCAAGGGUCGGGCAAGCCAGUCGCGUACAUCGCCCCGACGUGCCCGUUCGCGCACAAGGCGUGGCUCGCGCUCGUGGAGAAGGAGGUCGACUUCGAGAUGCGCGCCGUCGACCUCAACGACAAGCAGCCGGACAUGAUCGCCGCGUACGGAGUCGCGUCACCCGACGCCGGAUCCGUCGCCAAGGUUCCCAUCCUCAUCCACGACGGCGUCGCCAUGAUCGAAUCCGCGUUGUGCGCCACCUACGUCGCCGAGGCGUUCAAAUCCUCCGGCGCCGACCUCCUGCCGGCCACGCCCGCGGAACAGUAUAAAGUAGGUCUCUGGUGCGAGACGUUCGCGGUGGGGCCGCCGUUCUUCAGAGCGCUGCGCGCUACGAGCCAAUCCGACGUGGACUCCGCGCUGGAUGACCUUCGAUCCGUUCUUCGCAAAUGCGAGCGGUGCCUGGAGAUUGCGCAGACUACUACCGGCCGAGACAAAGGCCAAUCCGACGGGCCGUUCGUGCUCGGGGCGAAGUACUCGAUGGCGGAGGUGCUGACGAGCACGAUGCUCCCGCGUCUCAGCGUGGCGCUGGGUCACUACCGCGGGUUCAGGCUGCACGCGGCGGUUGAGGAGAUGGGUCUGCAUCGGCUGGCGCGAUGGAUGGAUGCGAGCAUGGAUCGGCCGAGCAUGCGUCAAACGCUCGGGGAGGUUGGGCGCGUGAAGGGCGUCGACGCCGGCAGCGCGUUCAUCGACCACUUCGCCAAGUUUGUGUCGUGGAAGGGGGAGUGACGCGACGGGAAGAUAUCAUAGCGGCGUGACGAUGGAAGGAAGAAACCAGAGCCCCACGUUUAGUUU